UUUGCGAAAAUCAAGCGAAAAUAAAAAUAACUUUUUUUGCCAUACUCAUAAUUUUAGUACAAGAAAAUUUUAUGUAUAAUAAAUGAAUAAUGUAUCAUAUUACCAAUUUUUCUUUUAACAAAGUCGGCUUCCUUUGGCUCUCAUAAAUAUAUUUUGAUAAGAUUCCGACUGAUAAGAUUCAAAACACUUGAACACCUGUCUGCACCCUCAUAAGGAAAAUACAAGUUUGUCACAAUAUUAAAUAGUAAUUCAAUAUGGUUAGAGAAGGAGUUCUUGGGCCGGCGGAGUCUGGCGAGUUUAUUUCUAACCGAGCUAAUUCUGUGAAAAUUCAUGAUGAGGGCUUAGAGAAACUCUGUGAUGAGAUGCUGCUAUCAAUGAAAGAGUCUGGCUUACAAAUUCCUGAGACUGGCGCGAGUUCCAUCCAUCCAAACAAGGAUCACUCUAGGGCAGUAGACUGGAUCUUCGUGAUUGAUGCUCUCAACUUCUGCUUCUGGUCUAAAAGUAAAGAUAAUCAAUGGACUGUUAAUGGUUUCACUGGAUAUUAUGCUUUGGAAGCUGCUCUGCAUAGGGCCAUAGAGGAAGGCAUUGAUAUAACAAAUCCAGAAUACUACUCUAAAAUAUCAGAGAAUGACGCUAUAAAGAUAUUUAGAGGAGACACGAUAGCUACAAUCCCACUUCUAGACAAAAGAAUAUCAGUAUUACAUGAAGUUGGCAGCAUACUGCUGGAGAAAUUACAGGGUACAUUUGUAACAUGCAUAAAAAAGGCACAUAACUCAGCUGAAAAAUUAAUGGAAAUGGUUGUCCAUCUUUUCCCAUGCUUCAGAGACGAAGCAGUAUACCAUGGACAGAAAGUUUCCUUCUACAAGAGAGCUCAGAUUCUCGUAGCAGACUUAUGGAACUUCUUUGGAGGGAAUGAUUGGGGUGAAUUCUAUGAUAUGGAUGAGAUAACAAUGUUUGCUGACUACAGAGUUCCACAAGUGUUGGUGUAUUUUGGUGCUAUGUCCUACAGUGAUGCAUUAAUGGACAAACUGAAGAGUGACACACUAUUAGAAAGUGGUUCUGAGGAAGAAGUUGAAAUAAGAGGAUGUUCAAUUCACGCUGUGGAACUUCUGCGGAAGAAAUUAAAAGAAAAAUUAGAGGCUAGAGGACAAAAAAUGGAGGUGCCUAAUUCUAGCCUCAUAGACUACUACCUCUGGUGCUACAGACGUAAACAUGCUAAGGAUAUGGAGACAGUGCCUUACCAUAAGACUUUAGGUAUUUAUUAUUAAAGUAUUUA